UCUUGCCCUUUGCGAAACCACACCUCGUCAAAAAUUCAAUUAGGACCCUAGUCCCUAUCUGCUUCGUCGGGAAUCCCUGGAAACAAUGCUGCAGCCGCAGGAGGCCCGUCGUGCAAGGCCCGCAGGGAGGCACGGAUGGGGGUACCGUGAACCCUGUGCUGGCGUACCAAGAAUGCACAAUGACCUUGUCUGCCACUUGCAAAUCAACUCGCAAAUCAACCUCUCUUUUUCUUUCUCUCAAGCCUUGACUUCAGCCCAAGGUCUCCUCGCCGGUCUCGUAACAGCGUCAACAGUGCCGUCUGGUCUCUUCAGCAAGCAACGACCUCGAGACUUUCUCGUUCCUGUAAUUCAAUGCGCCCCCAAAGUGCUCGCAAAGCUCCCAGACAGAGGCACGUACCCGGCACUUGCUGACUCCCACACCACGUUUCGUCGCGUGCCUAUCCGCACACAGGCACGAGUUCGCAGGCACUCGUGUACUGCCUGCCGCUUCCCAAAGCUAUCCCUUGUGCCACGGACUAGCGAACCUUCCCAAAGUCUUUGUAUGUAAUACCCACGUCCGUCUUCACACAGCUUCUGGUCGCCGACCAAUACCACCACAAUCGCUCCCUCUCUGAGGCAAGGACCCCCACGUUCACUCGUCGCAGUGGCAGGAAAUGGCUCCUCUGUAC